GAGGUCAUCAGGAGGGCCCCGCUGGGCGAGCACUUCGGCGAGCUGCUGGGCCUCUGGGCGGCGCUCCUGCACGCCCUGCAGGCCUACCACGCGCAGGGGUGCCUGCACCGCGACGUAUCUCCCCGCAACGUCUUCUUCAAGGACGGGGAGGUCAAGCUGGGGCUCCCCGGCGCCGUGGCCGCGCCGCCCGCCGAGGGCUGCUACCCAGGUGCCGCCUGCGACGCGUACUCAGCCGACAUCUUUGCGAUGGGGCUGCUCUUCUUGGAGAUGGUGCUGCUCCACCCCGUUGCCGAUCUCCUGCCCAGGGGGCCCGACGCCAUGCUGGAGGAGAUCCGCCGGCUCGGGCCCGGCCAGUUCGGCGCGUGGCUGUCGGACCGCUGCGGCCUGUUGGGCCUGGGCUGCAUCGACGCCGUCCUCGUGGAGGUGCUCGGCGCGAUGCUCGCGGAGCCCCCGUGGGCGCGGCCCACCGCGGACGACCUGCUGGACAUACCGCUCCUGGCCCGCCACGUGGACCCCGCCGGCGUGCUGCCGCCCUGCGAGCGGCCCUGUGUCAUCCUGGCGCACCGCCACCUCGCCGAGCACGCGGCCGUGCCUCGGCGGCAGGUCGUCACGGUGCCCCAGUUCCACGUGCUCUUCUCCCAGGAGGGCGCGGAGGAGGCCGCGUGGCAGGGGUACUACUUGUGGUGCGGCCGCAGAUACGAGUUCUGGUGGCUUCAG